CAGACACACAAGCACACACACACUUUCUUUGGCAAGCGACAAUGCUCCUUUUUAAUGGAAGCUUAAGGUGGAUAAUCCUCCUUUUGGGGCUGCAGGAUCUGGGAGGGCGCAGCUUUCUCAUCCAAAAUGUCCGCCUGCGGAAGUGCAUCCACGCCUCGCCCCACAAAGCUGGGAGGCUCAGCCUGUCCGAAUGCCAGGCGCGCUCCCCAGAGCACCAGUGGAGCUGGGACACGAUGGCCUGGGCUGUGGUCAACCGACACACCGGGGAGUGCCUGGCGGCCUCCAACGCAGAAGAAUCGGCAGUAGCCCGCUUGGCGCCCUGUGAGGAGGGGCCGCUUCAGGCCUGGUCGUGCAGCAAGAAAGGCCGCCUGACCUUACAAGGACGCGGCCUUCAUCUCAGCGGGAAGCCGGGAGGACACAGCGCCUUCCUGUCGCGGGAGAGAGGCAGGUUCAGCAGAUGGGAGACCGACGCGGGCUCAACCGUCUGCGCCACGGAGCUGGCGAGAGCUGCUGGACUCGGCGAGCCGAAAAAAGCCCCCUCGGUCAGCUUGGCGGGUGGACCGGAAAACAAAACCGUUGGUUCCCUAGAGAUCCACACCCCUUCUGGGAAAGCCACGAUGUUCUCCAUGAUCCACUUGGAGAGCCAGCCCUAUGUCACCAGUGGACUUCCAAUGUCCCACCAAAGACACCUUGAAGGAGAUAAUGAAACCUAUCCUCCACAUCAAAAGCACCAGGAGACGCCUACUGGUCCCCCAAAUCUAGGUCCCAUCUGGAGAACUACCUUGCAUGUUCUGAGCCCUCUGGCCCUCAUCCUGGGGAUAAUCAUCCUGAUGUUCUACAUCCAAUCCAAAAAGAAGAAGAAGAAGAGGCUGUUAGCUUUGAAGAGCCGGCAGAUGAGCUUUGAGGAACACCAACCUUCACCAGGAACGGCCAGCCACGCUCCCAAGAUGCAGGCCGCCCCUGCUUCCCCUUCCCCUUCGCUCAAGCAUGGUGAGAUCUUGAUCGCGUGGAAAGAUGGGACGACAACCUCACUCUUCGACCAUUUAUACUAGCUGACCUUCUCCACCUUCUUCUGGCUGACCCUCUCGAAAUCCAGUCCUUCCUAGCAGAGGCCUUUUUGCUCACCCUCGAAACUUCUGUGGCCUUCCUCCUGGGGCUGAUAAUGUAGUAGACUAACACUUUCACUAAAAGGAAAGCAAAGAAGAUGCUUUGCGAGCCGAGGUGGCGCAGUGGUUAGGGUGCAGUACUGCAGGCCACU